AUGCAUUUCGCCAAGAAGCACAACAAGAAGGGCCUGAAAAAGAUGCAGGCAAUCAAUGCCAAGGCCAUGAGUGCUCAUGCUGAGGCUGUCAAGGCCCUGGUAAAGCCUAAGGAGGUUGAGUCCAAGAUGCCAAAGGGUGCCAGCCUCAAGCUUGAUCGCCUUGCCUUGCUUGUCCAUCCCAAGCACGGGAAGUGUGCUCGUGCCCACAUGACCAGUGAGCGCAGGCUCUGCCAGUCAAAGGCCAAAACCCAAGCCAAGACCCAGGCUGCAACUCCAGCUCCAGUAUCGGCUCUGGCUCCCACUCCCAAGAGUGCCCAGGUCCCUGCCUCUGUAGUAAAAACCUCGGUGAACGUGAGAACAGAAGGACUGGUGUGA